CACAACACAGAGGAAGGGGGAAACUGGGAAAAAGAGGAGAAUGAAGGGGAAAGAAGUGGCAAUAGCGUCGAAUCCAUCUGGCAGCGGCGAAGAGUCAAAUGAGAAGGGCGAGCUCUCCCUGCCCACGGAGAGAAUCUCUGCCCGAAAUGCUUCUUCCAAAUACGAUUUUGUCAAGGUGAAGGUAUGGUUAGGUGAUAAUGCGGAUCACUACUACGUUCUGUCCAGAUUUCUCCUCAGUAGAAUGCUUACUGUCACCAAGAUCCCUAAUCAUGUUGCUAUCAAAAUUGCUCUGGAACUCAAAAAACUGCUCAUUGACAACAGCCUUCUGGACGUCUCCCAAUCAGAUUUGGAAGCUAAUCUAUUUAAGCUUAUGGAGCGGCGGGGAUAUGGGGAAGAAUACAUUAACCGUUAUAAGAUGAUGACGAGAUUUCACCAUCAAAGAGUACCAUUGGUGAUUCUUGUGUGUGGAACUGCUUGUGUUGGGAAGUCAACCAUUGCGACCCAACUUGCACAAAGGCUAAACUUGCCUAAUGUUUUACAGACAGAUAUGGUAUAUGAAUUGCUACGCACAUCAACAGAUGCACCAUUGACAUCUACUCCUGUAUGGGCACGUGACUUCAGCUCGUCUGAGGAACUCAUUACUGAAUUUUGUAGGGAAUGCAGAAUUGUUCGUAAAGGUUUGGCUGGUGAUUUGAAGAAGGCAAUGAAAGAUGGAAAACCCAUUAUAAUUGAGGGGAUACAUUUGGAUCCAAGUAUAUAUUUAAUGAAUGAUGAGAAUAGAGAAUCAAACAAAGUUCCUACAAAAAAAGAAGAGUCCAAAUCUGCGCCUGUUAGUAGAGAAAAGGAAUACAAUUCAAAAAGUGCUUGUGGAAGUCACAGUGGGAGUACCAAUCCUGCAAAUGUUGGCCAAGAAGUAGCUGUAUCAACUGACCAGAUGACAGAAGUUUCAGAGUACCUGAGAUCUCUUGCCUUAAGAGGAAAAGCUCCUGAAAACCAAGGUGAAACUGCCAAAGAUUCAGAGAUAAGGACCAAUCAUUCUACGAAGAAGGAGAAGUCUGCUCCUGAACCUAUAAUUAUACCUGUUGCUCUGAAGAUGGCUGAGUUUGAUCACAAGGCUUUACUAGAGGAAUGGAUUUCUACUAGGACAUUUGUCAACAAAUGUCUAUCCCAGGAUCAAGAUAAGCUUAUUGCCAACCUAAAAACUAUUCAAGAUUACCUUUGCUCUUUUGAAUCACAGGGUCUGACAGUUGUGAAUAUUUCAGCGACAACAUUUCCGCAGACAUUGGAUUGGCUCCACGGAUAUCUUCUUCAGUGUAUUGAACGAGGUAUUUCGUCUGAGCCCAUUGAACCUCAGAGGGGACAGGAUGCAAAUUAGCCAGAUGUAAGCCAAAGCUUUGUCAGGUAUCAUUCUAUAGUCUGCAUCGUACAAGCAUUAAGUGCCUUGCAUUCUGUCAUUCUGUAUCUGAUGUUUUCCAGUCUAGUUCUUGGUCAAGAAAAAGGUCAUUAAUCAUCAAAGGGAUUAGGUCUGCUAGUUUGGUACAGGAAUGUGAUUUAGUGGAAACAUAGCUUCCUCUUUCACCUUCUUUUUUUUUUUCGGGGGGGUGGGGAGUAUGAGAUGAAAAGUUAGAAACAAUGAUCAACAAAUAGUGUAACUGGUCUUCUGUUUUGUGCAAAUUACAUUUAAUUGAGAUUUUAACUAGCAAAUAAUAUAUCUUUACUCUUUAGGGUAUUUGGAAGACCCUUGUAUGGAUGUACCUGCAUUUGGGGGAACCACAAAUCAACAUGGUAUUGCAGGUGGAGAUUACAUUGAGGCUAGUUGUUGGAUGUUGGAGGGAUAAAUGUCAGAAGGUGGACCCCUAAAUGAUCUUUAUGCCGCAAUCCUGUUGACAGCCUGUGAGAUGAAGGCUGUCCCAGAAUAUGUAAGAGUUCCUUUUAUUCCAAGGUGUUGUCCCUGAGAUGCAUUUCUAUUGCACACUUUCAUUGACGACCCCACAACAUCCUUGAACUGUAACUGAGAAACCUGGAAUUUCAAUAUUGUCAGUUGUUCCAUUGAGGAAUCGAACCAUCAAACUUGGUCCAAUGUGCAGAAAAACUGACUGUAGAUGGUUUCUUUUUCUUUUCUUUUUCUUUUUUUUUAUUAUGUUUGUCAGGUAAUAAUCAGCAAUUAUUUCAACGAUUAUAUCAUUCAGAAGUGGUGUACAUGAUGUGCAUGUGUAAUGAUUUUCUAGGAAUGAUGAUCCAAAAUUCUGAGCAAGUUUAUAAUUGUA